AUGUGUCUGUUUGUGUGUCUGCAGAUCCACAAGAAGGACAGCAAGCUGUCUGUGUUAUUGAAGGAGUUAACAGAGGUUAGAAAGAACUUCUCUGACUGUAAAAAAGAGUUCCUCAGUAGAGAGUCUGCAUUGGCAAAACAGCAGGAGGAGACGGCUCAGCUGAGAUCCAAGAUGGAGGACUGUUCCAGUCAAUGUUCAGCUCUGAACAGGGAGAAAGAGAGACUGGAGACAAACCUCACACUUACUAACCAGAAACACUGCACCGCACAAGGAGAGGUGAGCAGUAGAGACCAGGUGAUUCUACAGUUGAGGAUAGAGCUGAGUAAAGCGGAGCAGAAGUAUCAAGGGACACAGGAGGAGCUGGCCAUGCUGGAGGCUGAGGUCAGCCGUCUGAACCAGAAGGUUAAGGGUCAACAGGAAGAUGCAUGUCUUCUCAGGCAGAUGGUCAGAGAGGGGGAGGGGCUUAGAGACCAGGAAGUGAUGGAACGACAACAGAUACAGAACGCACUCUGUAUCGCACACCAACAGGUGAAGUCCCAGACCAUGUCUAUAGAGCAGCUAACAUCUGAUCUAGACUCAAUGAAACAAAACCACACAGCUGACACGGAGCGCUGGAGCCACAGGCACUUCCUGCUCAGCAGCCAAUUAGAGCAGGCCUCCUCUGAGCUAAGCCAAGCCCAGGCUGAGGUCAGAGAGCACGGGUCAGAGGUCACAGACCUGAGGGGAAAGCUCCAACUGGCAGAGGAGGGAUACCAGGAGGCUCUGGAGAAGGUUGAAGUGGCUAAAGGGUUGGAAAACACACGAGACACUGAGAUAGAGCUUCUGAGACAACAACUGACGGACCUCAAGGAGGACCUGAGUGAAACCACGUCCAGGACUCAGGGCCAGGAGGAGAAGGCGGCCAUCUUUAAACAGAAGUACUGCGUUGCCAUGGAGAAGAUGCAGCAGCUCCAGGGACACAUAKAGUGUGUGGAGGAGGAGCUCAGAUACACACAACAACAGCUGACUGAAUUCAAGGCAGCGGUAGACAGGGUUAAGGCGGAGCUUACAGAGCUGGAAGGGCGCUACGAAGAAAAACUUGGCCAAUGGGAGCGCUCAGAGGAAGCCCUGGACCAACUGACUGACGAGCUGCAGGCCAAUCAGAUGGCUCUGAGGGAGGGGCGGGAGAGAGUGGAACAGUGUGAAGGAACCAUACAACAUCUACAGCAAGAGGUGGACACACAGAAAACUCAGACCAUCCAGGGGCAGGAUGUCUUGCUCCAGCAAGUUGAGGAGGACCUGAAGGAAACCAAGCUGCUCCUUCAGAGGAGAACCAAGGAUCUGAAGGAGGAGAAAGACUGGGUGCAGAGGCUCAGAAAGGAGGCGCAGGAGCAGAGAGAGGAGGAACACAGACUUGGUGAGGAGGCCAGGGAGAUGCUAAAGAGGAGAUGCAGGGAGCUGGAAGAAGAGAAAGAGGAGGUGAAGAGGAGAACCAGGGAGCUGGAGGAAGAGAAAGAAGAGGUGAAGAGGAGAACCAGGGAACUGGUUGAAGAGAAAGAGGAGUCGGUCUGCCAGUGGGGUCCAUGGGGGCUGCGCUGGGGCUGCCUGCGCUGGGGCUGCUCUGGGGACGGGGUUGGUCGGGAGCUUGAGGAAAUGCUCAUAAUUUGUCGUAUUGAUCGAGUAACCACGGCAGCCAGUCUCUAUUGA